CCUACCAAGGUGCCCCGGGGAAGUGGCCGCGCGGAGCAGCAGGCGAGGGAGCAAUCGGAGGUGGCGCGCGGUGCAGGGCUGGCGGGCGCCGUCUCGGGAGGACGCGGCGGAGCCUGUGGCUGGAGUGACUCUCGCCCUGCGCGGGUGUGUGGUAGAGGCAGCCUUUCCUUCAGACACUCAUGCUGAAGAACUUCUACACCUGAUGAGUCUACCAGAUACCGCAAAAGGCUUAACUCCAGCUACGUUGCACAUGCUAUUUGGACAUGUAACCAUUGCUAUAGAGAUGAAAACUUACGACAAGUGGAAACAUAUACCUGAAAGGAACCACCUGAAAUAGGAAUUCACGUUGUUGCAAAAUGGGAAUGCUUUGUUCAGUUAUCAGGUUUGAAAAUCUCCAUGAACUGAAGAGACUGUGCCACUGGGGCCCCAUCAUAGCUCUCAGUGUGAUAGCAAUAUGUUCUGCCAUGGCUAUGAUCGAUGCUGUUCUGUGGUACUGGCCCUUGGAUACAACAGGAGGAAGUAUCAAUUUCAUCAUGCUCAUCAAUUGGACUGUUAUGAUUCUCUACAAUUACUUCAAUGCCAUGUUUAUUGGGCCUGGAUACGUUCCCUUUGGAUGGAAACCAGAAAACUCUCAGGACUGCAUGUAUCUACAGUACUGUAAAAUAUGCCAGUCUUACAAGGCUCCCCGCUCUCAUCACUGCCGAAAAUGUAACAGGUGUGUGAUGAAGAUGGACCACCACUGUCCCUGGAUCAAUAACUGCUGUGGGUUUCAGAAUCAUGCCUCCUUCACUCUCUUUCUUCUGCUAGCCCCUCUUGGAUGUAUCCAUGCUGCUUUCAUUUUUGUCAUGACCAUGUACACUCAGCUUUAUAACAGGGUAUCCUUUGGCUGGAGUUCUGUCAAGAUUGAUAUGAGUGUCGCCAGAAGAGACCCCCGCCCAAUCAUUCCAUUUGGGUUGUCUGCAUUUGCUGCAUCUUUAUUUGCUUUGGGGCUUGCAUUGGGAACAACUAUAGCUGUUGGUAUGUUGUUUGUUAUCCAGAUGAAAGUCAUUUUAAGAAACAAAACUUCAAUAGAAUCAUGGAUUGAAGAAAAGGCCAAAGACCGCAUCCAAUAUUACCAAACGAGAGAAACCUUUAUUUUUCCGUAUGACCUGGGAAGCAAGUGGAACAACUUCAAGCAAGUGUUCACAUGGUCUGGAAACCCAGAGGGUGAUGGCUUGGAGUGGCCCACAAAGGAAGGCUGCCAUCAGUACAGUUUGACUAUAGAGCAACUGAAACAAAAAGCAGACAAGCGAGUGAGAAGUGUGCGGUACCAAGCAAUAGAAGACUACAGUGGUGCCUGUUGCCCUCUUACAAAAGGCUUGAGGACAUUCAUCACAACUCCAUGCACUGAAGAACCAAGAAUUUCGCUUCGCAAAGGGGACCAGAUUUUAGCCACCAGAGGCUUGAAACACUGGAUGUACGGAGACAAAAUUGACUCGGCAACUGAUGAUGCCAACAGAAUCAGAGGCUGGUUUCCAAGGAGGUGCGUAGAGAAAUGCCUGUAUGAUUCUGAAACAGAUCAGCCAAUGGCCAAGGAGAAGAAAACAAGAUAGCCCUUUCCCUGCUUUGCUUUUGGAAACGGAAAGGUUCCUUUUGGACCACUGUCCUUUUACUUGAAAUAUUCUGUACAUUGUUCAGUGCAUAAAUCUAUAGCAAAGUGUUUUCGUAUGUGUGAGUGCUCACAAGGAUGGCUCCCCUAGUGCCAUAAUCUUAAAUACUUUUUGCCAUUUCUAAAAUGGAGAAAGCCAUUCCAUUAAUGCCUUUUGAUAUUAAAACUUUGCAGGACAGAA